AUGCAAGUUCAUUACGGCUCCCAAUAUUUAGUGAAUAUGUCCAGAUUCCAAAGAGGAAACAAGUUCCAUGUCAUUUUAAAUGAUAAAGAUUUCACAAUAUUUGAUUCAUUUGCCUUCUGUCUAAGCCCGAAGAUCCAAGCAAAGAUCCAGCUCGAUGAUUCUAUUGACAGAUACGAGAUACAAAGGCAUUCAUUUCAUAAUGAAACAAUACAAAUUUUUGGCAAAAUUCUUUCUCAAGGAGAAUUCAACGGAGUAGUCGAUUUGAAAGUCAUAAAAGAAUUAUACGAUAUCGGUCGAGAGUUAGAAAGUCCUGAUUUGAUAACUCCUUACACUUUAAUUAUCGAAAAUGAGAAAAUUAAUGAACAAAAUGCUUUAGAUCAUAUGCAUAUCUACAUUAGUUCCGAAAAUUCAGCCAAAAUAGAUGAAUGCAUCAAGUUUAUUGCAUCAAACUUUUUCAAAUUUGAUCAAAAUUUCCUUUCCGAUCUUAUUUUAAGCGAAAACGAUUCAAUGGAAUACUACGACAUCAUAGAAAAGAUACUUAUUGAUACAGAUCUUACUGUCAAGAGUGAAGACCAAAUAGCAAAUUCAAUUCUUUCAUUAAUUAAAAAAUCAGAUGUUUUCAAGAGUUUUCUUCAAUUGAUCAAAAUCGAAUUUUGCUCAUAUGAUGUAUGCAUGGAAAUUCUUUCAUUAUGUAGUAAAGAAUGCAUAGAUCCUGUCAUUAAUUGCUCCAUUCAUUUCAUUCAAUCAUUUCUCACCAAAAAAUCAUCAAAUAAAUAUCCAAGAAAAAUCCAAGGAAAUGAAAAAGUUCCUGUAAUGAUAUUGAACAAUGAAGAACAAGAGAAAAGGAUCAAAAGUUUAGAACAAACAACGGAACAAUACAAACAAAUGAUUCAAGAAAAGAAUAGAACAAUUCAAGAAAGAAAUCAGAAAAUCCAAAAUUUAGAAAAUAAUAUUAAAAUAUUGAAUGAAACAAUAAGAAAUAAUGAAAGGAAAAUUAAUGAUUAUCAAAGACAAGCUAAUGAAGCUCAGAAGCAACAGAGUUAUAGAGUGCUCCAAUCCAUUCCUAAGAACAGUUCAAACAUGCAAAACAUAUAUGACACGCUAGAACAAUUAAGGAAAGAAAAUAAUGAUGAUGCAAUUAGAUAUGCAAUUCAAAAUGGUUAUGUAGAUGUAUCUAAUGGAAAUGGAGAUACAAUUAUACAUUUCGCUGCAAUGUGUAGUAAUCAUCAACUCAUAAAGAAACUCGCCACAUUGGGUGCUUCAAUGGAACGCCUUAAUAAUAACAGAAGAAGUGUUUUGUGGAUUUUUGUAAAUGGAAAUUGUUAUGAAGGAGCUGAAUUUAUGGCUUCUAACUAUCAAAAUUUGCUAAAUUUACCAAAUGCUGAUGGACAAAGACCAAUAAAUAUUGCUUCUUCUCCUACGAUGAGGAAUAUGCUUUUGAGAUACGGUGCAGCAUAA